GCUGAUGGCUGUAUGAACGCGGAGUGAAACCUUUUAAUUUAAUUGCUACAUGGAUUAAUCCAUCGUAAUUCUUGUUUUUUUCUUUGCCUUGCUGUCACUUUUGAAGUCAGAGGAUUUAACCAUGCAUUUGAUUUGUUUUAUUGGCAACUUUUAUUGAUUUAAUGUUUCUGAAGGAGUUGAAAUGAGCUGUCAAACUAUUAAUAUAUAAUUUAUGUCAGCUCUUUUAAAAUACAGAUCCAAACUGACUGGAAAAAAGUGGUACAGCCUAGUGCUUAAAUGAAUUGCUCAUUUGUAUAUUUAACUGAUCAGAAAGUCACGCGCUUAGAGAGCGUCUGUCACAUCAGGACACUUAUUUUUGUGCCAGUCGACAUUUAUAAAGGGUGCUAAAUAAGGGUUAGGGUUAUUAUUUUUUAAUUAAACAUGAGAAAGUAUUUUUUCACACGAGCAAAGGUAUUUCCUUGGAUAACUAAUGCCACGCUAUACGGAUGUUUGUUUGCGGGUGGGGAUUUUGCGCAUCAGUGUCUCGCGCAGAAAGAUGAGAUUGACUGGAGCCACACGAAAAACGUGGCGCUCGUGGCCCUCAGUUUCCAAGGUAACUUCAAUUACUUUUGGUUAAAUGCCUUGGAGCGUCGUUUCCCUGGAAGAUCGGUUGGAAUGAUUUUCCGCAAACUGCUUUUGGAUCAAACUUUUGCAUCACCGUUGGCGACCAGUGUCUUCUACACAGGUGUGAGUUUCUUAGAAGGCAAGGAGGACAUAUUUGCAGACUGGCGAGAAAAGUUUUUUAACACAUAUAAGACAGGACUAAUGUACUGGCCAUUCAUGCAGUUUCUGAAUUUCGUUCUGAUGCCUCUAUAUUUGAGAACAGCAUUUAUGGGCUGUUCAGCAUUCUUGUGGGCACAUUCUUAUGUUUCUCACAUCAAAGUGGAGAUGGGACAGCAGCGGUGGCAUUAGCCUGCGUCAUGACACCCAAAAAAUCACUUCUAGCUCGAAAUUCUGGUGAAGAAAAAUAGUGAUAAAGUAGGCACAAUAAAUAAAUACUGUGCCUUUGCAGAUUGGCCGACACUGGUGUAUUGAGGUUUUGAUCUGUGUACAAUCCUUAUCAGGUAUCUUAUUAGGAAUUAUAUUAUACUUUUUAUGUUUAUUAAUGCUGAAAUAAAACAUACUUGAAUUUCAAAUUGCAGUGUUAGGUUAGGAUUAAACCUAAAUGCAUUAUUCAUUUAAAAAACUACACUGUGUAAAACUGUUUUAAUUACAUUAAGUACAGAAUAAAACUAUGUUCAUUUAACUUUGAACAAACAUUUGCCAGUAAAUAACAUAAAUGUAAAUCUACAGUAAGUUACUGGCAAACAGCUGCAUAACUACAGCAAACACAUUUACAGUGUAUGUAUUCAUUAUUCGUUUUAGAUACUGUUGCGUACAGUUGUAUUUUAUUUAAAACAAUUUGAAAUUUGUUCUGUUUAUUCAGUGUCUCUUUUUCUAAAGAAAAGGAUAACCCGUUUACGCAUAAGGUUUACCUUAUAUUCACAAUGCCACAAAAAUCUUGUUUAGUUUUAAUUGAUUAGCCUGUUUGACUUCAGUAUUUAUUGUAAUUGUGUAUUCUUCUUCGUAGUUUACACAUUGCUUUUUUAGGGUUAAUAGUUUGGAUAAAACAGUGUGUGUAUAUGAGUUGUAUUUCAUAUGAUGCUGCUCUUUAUAUACAGGUGACGUUUAACAUGGACAGUUAACAAGACAGAUCAAUCUAUAGAUAUCGUAGGUGAUGCAGGGUAACAUAGAUAAACAGCUUUUCCUGUGCUGAUUGUCCAUGUGGAUUAGGCAGGAUAACACAUUUGCUAAUCUUUGAAGGGCAGAAAUGUCUGGUGUGCACUAGCUGUCAUAUAUGACAUCUGACAACAUUAUUUCUCUGUUAUUCUCGGUUAUUGUCUACUUUCAUGUCAUAAUUUUUUAAUGUUAGCUACAGACAUGUUUUUAUGUUUGGGCUAUUGUCUGACAAAUUGAGAAAGCUUCGACAAAAAUUACCAAUUGUUUUUCAUAUGAAGUAGCCACAGGUACAAUUACUGUCAUGUUUUUGCCUGUGAUGCAUGUUUGUUACUCCCUGUUUUUUGACACCCUCAAAAUAUUAAAGAGAAAUAUUAAAACCAAACCAAUAUAUUUAAAAAGUAAACAAAGAAACACAUGAAGAAAAGUUCAAAUAAUUCGUUUGAUUUUAUCUAAAGGAGUCUUUUGUUAGUGGCCAAAAGAAACUUGCAACAUUCACCAUUUUAAAGGUGCAGUGUGUACUUUUUAGAAGGAUCUCUUGACAGAAAUGCAAAAUAAUAUACAAAACUAUAUUAUCAGAGGUGUAUGAAGAACUUUUUAUAAUGAAUGUUUAUGUUUUUAUUACCUUAAAAUGAGGCGUUUUUAUCUACAUACACAGAGGGUCCCCUUACAUGGAAGUUGCCAUUUUGUGCCGCCAUGCUUCUUCAGAAGCCCUCAACGGACAAACUUUUUUACUAAGUUGUGUCCGACGAUGACAUGUUUUUCCGGUGGCGGCUACCAUAGCUUCUCUAUGCGUUUCAAAACAAGGGCUGAGCAGUGGAUUGAGCCGUUGGUUGCAAUUCUCAACCUCACCACUAGAUGCCGCUAAAAUUUACACACUGCACCUUUAAAGUUAUUAUUAGUACA